GUGAAUAAACUACUUAUUCUGCUACUGAGUUCCCUAUUUUUAUCUUUUAAUAAUCUUAAUUUACUUUAUUUACUUCCGUUGUGCUAAAGUAGUACACUUGCAGCCGCGCUAAAAUAACAUCUUCAGGCUAGCAGAUGAUGAGGACUUUGAAUGGGAGCCUCCCUCCGAGGCAGAGAUGAAGGUGAUUCAGGCUCGCCGUGAGCGUCAGGACAAGAUCAGCAAGCUGAUGGGAGACUAUCUGCUGAAGGGCUUCAAGAUGCUGGGGGAGUGCUGUGAGCUGUGUGGGACAAUUCUGCUGCAAGAUAAGCAGAAGAAAAAUUACUGUGUUGCUUGUCAAGAGCUGGACUCCGAUAUUGACAAGGACAACCCAGCUUUAAAUGCCCAGGCUGCCUUGUCACAGGUACGAGAGCGUCAGCUUGCGACCCAGCUUCUCCCUGAAUCUAACGGAGCCUCGUCCAGCGAACCCCCCCUCUCCAUCACGGGCCAGCCCCGGCCAGAGCACUGCGAGGGGGCUGCGUCUGGACUGAGAGGUCCCCCUCCCGCCAUACAGCCCACCCCUCUUUCAGUCCCCACCGCCAGCCCCAACUUCCUGCCACCAGCCAACCCUGCUCUCCAGACUGCACCUCCUGUAGGGUCCUCAAGCAACACCCUCCAACACCACCCCGCCUUGUCAAGCGCAGAGGAGGCAGUGCUACAUAAACUCAGAUGGGCCACACAGGAGCUCCAGCACUCGGUGUCAGUGGAGGCCAGCAUCCAGCUCUGCAGUCUGAUCCGAGGCUGUGCCGAAUCCCUGCGCAGCUUGAAAGAACUGCAGCUCUAAUAAGACUGAAGCACAGACAGAGCUGUAACAGCACACACACACAUAAGGAAAAGCAAGCAGCACUAAUACAUAUAUAUAGUAACAUACUCAACGGAGUGUUUCGGUUGUGUUUAUGUUUGUUCUAAAGCAGGUGAGUAUGUGACUGUGUUGUGUGUUAAAAUACAUUGCUUGAGCUGCAAA